CCUUUGUUUGUUAACAGACCUUGUCUUGCUUUCUCUGUCUCAUUCUCAGUCUCUCUCCCUCUUUCGUUCUUCUUUAUCUCUCUACCUGACUGAAAUUCUCCUUCUUUAACGUUUUCUCGUUGUAGAUCUCUCUCUAUUUCGCGUAAAUUUCCGGCGAGAAUUGAAUCCAGAGGGUCCAGGGUCAUUGGCCGUCCGAUGUGUGGACUUUGACUGAGCGCUGAUCAGAUACAGAGCCGGAGCUAGCUCUUCCUAUGGGGCAGUGCUACGGCAAGACCAAUCCCACCGCUGAAAAUGACGGUGCCGCAAACACAACCACCAUUAUUGGCGAUUUCGGUGGCCCUCCGCAGUCGCCUCUGCCGUCAGGAAGCGGUGGCAACGGGCUUCCAUCGGUGAAGAACACGCCUGCCCGAUCGUCCAACGCGAGCCCGUGGCCGAGCCCGUACCCGCAAGGCGUCAACGCAAGUCCGUUUCCGGGUGGGGUGUCGCCGUCGCCGGCGAGGACAUCGACGCCCAGGAGGUUUUUUCGACGACCGUUCCCUCCUCCGUCGCCGGCGAAGCAUAUCAGAGCGUCGCUGGCGAAGCGGCUUGGGCACGGGAAACCCAAGGAGGGCCCGAUCCCCGAGGACCGUGGGACAGAACCGGAGCAGGCGCUGGACAAGAGCUUUGGGUAUAGUAAGAAUUUUGGAGCUAAGUAUGAGUUAGGAAAGGAAGUGGGAAGGGGCCAUUUUGGUCACACGUGCUCUGCAAGGGGCAAGAAGGGAGAGCUCAAAGACCAUCCUGUAGCAGUGAAAAUCAUCUCGAAGGCGAAGAUGACAACAGCAAUAGCAAUUGAAGAUGUUCGAAGAGAGGUGAAGAUGUUGAAAGCUCUAUCCGGCCAUAAGCAUCUUGUCAAAUAUCAUGAUGCUUGUGAGGAUGCCAACAAUGUGUACAUAGUUAUGGAAUUGUGUGAAGGGGGGGAGCUUCUUGACAGAAUUUUGUCAAGGGGAGGCAAGUAUACUGAGGAAGAUGCAAAAGUUAUAGUUUUGCAGAUUUUAAGUGUUGUUGCUUUUUGUCAUCUCCAAGGUGUGGUGCACCGUGAUCUAAAGCCUGAGAAUUUUCUGUUCACUUCACGAAGUGAAGAUGCUGAUAUGAAGCUUAUUGAUUUUGGUCUCUCUGACUUCAUUAGACCAGAUGAAAGAUUGAAUGACAUCGUUGGAAGUGCCUACUAUGUUGCACCUGAGGUCCUUCACAGAUCAUAUAGUCUGGAAGCAGAUAUAUGGAGUAUAGGUGUUAUCACCUAUAUCUUGUUAUGUGGAAGUCGACCUUUCUGGGCUCGAACAGAAUCUGGAAUUUUUCGUGCAGUGCUCAGAGCUGAUCCUAAUUUUGAUGACUUGCCUUGGCCUACUGUAUCUGCAGAGGCCAAGGACUUUGUAAAAAGGCUUCUGAACAAGGAUUACAGGAAAAGAAUGACUGCUGUCCAAGCUCUAACUCACCCUUGGCUGAGGGGGACAACCGUCCUAUACCUUUAG